CAGCUGGGGCGAGGUGGGGCGGGGCAGAGCAGAGGCCUGCUGGCUGGUCAGGGACAGUGUGGGGGUGUGGGAUUGUGUCCCUGCAACCCCACAGUCAAGCACCAUGGUCGGCAGGUCAGGUUACCGGGCGCUGCCCCUGGGGGACUUGGACCGUUUUCAGCAGUCAAGCUUUGGCUUCUUGGGCUUACCGAAAGACUACUUGUUCCCGGAGCCGGGCAGCGUGGGACCGGGGGCUGAUGCACCUCAGACCUGGCCCUCUUGCCUCUGCCACGGCCUCAUUAGUUUCCUGGGGUUCUUGUUGUUGCUGAUUACCUUCCCCAUUUCUGGCUGGUUUUCCCUGAAGAUUGUGCCCACCUAUGAGCGGAUGAUUGUAUUUCGACUGGGCCGGAUCCGCACCCCUCAAGGGCCUGGCAUGGUUCUGCUCCUGCCCUUCGUUGAUUCCUUUCAGAGGGUGGAUCUGAGGACACGAGCCUUCAGUGUCCCUCCUUGCAAGUUGGCUUCUAAGGAUGGGGCCGUGCUGUCUGUAGGGGCUGAUGUGCAGUUCCGCAUCUGGGACCCAGUGUUGUCAGUGAUGACUGUGAAGGACCUGAACACAGCCACACGGAUGACAGCCCAGAACGCCAUGACCAAGGCCCUGCUCAAGAGGCCUCUGCGGGAGAUCCAGAUGGAGAAGCUCAAGAUCAGCGACCAGCUCCUGCUGGAGAUCAACGAUGUGACCAGGGCCUGGGGGCUCGAGGUGGACCGCGUGGAGCUGGCAGUGGAGGCCGUGCUACAGCCGCCCCAGGACAGCCCCCUCCAGCAGCUAGCUCCCCACCUUCUGGAGGUGGGCAUGUCUUCAGUGGCAGGAUGUGCCCUGCCCCUGGGGCAAGACACCUUGAAGAUCGUGAGUGAAGUUGAGCUGCCUGCCCCUCACACCGGUGCUGGGCCCAGCUUGAAGCAGCCUGUGGCCGAGGGGCUGCUGACGACUCUGCAGCCCUACCUGUCUGAGACCCUGGUCAGUCAAGUCGGGGCCUGCUACCAGUUCAAUGUCAUCCUGCCCAGUGGCACCCAGAGCGUCUACUUCCUGGACCUCACUACAGGGCAAGGGAGAGUGGGACGUGGAGUGCCUGAUGGCAUCCCUGACGUGGAGGUGGAGGUGGCUGAGGCAGACCUACGGGCCCUGUUGUGCAGGGAGCUGCGGCCCCUGGGGGCCUACAUGAGUGGGCGACUAAAGGUGAAGGGUGACCUGGCAGUGGCCAUGAAACUGGAGGCUGUCCUCAGAACCCUGAAGUAGCAGCCUUGGCUGACCAUCCGUAGCCCAGCCCAAGCCUGGCACCAAGCCAGGGGCAUCUUGGAGGAAGAGGCAUUGGUGCUGCACCUCAGAUUACUGAGUCCCUGAGAAGUGUCAGACCCAGCCAGGAGCCAGUGAAUGGAGGUUGAGUCGGGCUGCUCUGCCCUUCCCAGUCCCCGCCAAGGACCCAGCCCUGAACUGGGCACACAGCACAGUGACAGGAGCACCAGGCCUGCUCUGCCCUCCCACCUGUCUGAUCGGAGGGGCAGGGCCCACAGAAACAGCCUGGUUUGGUCCCACUGUGAAGGGGCAAAGUAUGUGGCUCAGGCUCCCAGAUCCAGAGUGUGGUUGGGGUGGGGGGAGAUGGAGAGGAAAGUGACCACCGAGAAGAGGUCACUGCAGCCAGAGGGACCUGGGGGUCAGACAGGGCCCACGGUCCAGACUGCAGUCCAGGCCCACAGGUCGGGAUGGGUAGAGUGGAGUCUGCUCCUCCCUGGGCCCCAAACACCUCUUGACUUGCCUGACAGCUCACUCUUACACGCCUGCCGGGCCAGGUAGGGGCCUAGGGCAGCAUGAAGGGAGCCCUGCCCUUCCUGUACUGCCUACCACAGGUUUGAAAAUUCGAGUUGGGGAGCGGUAGGAUGUGGUGUUGGGGGAUCCCCAGGCUGUUCCCCUGGUGUCUGUGGCCAGGGACUAGGGCCCUACAGGCUGACACAAACCCUCACGAUGCUCUUGAAUCCUUGCGGAUCCUCUGUGCCGAGGGUCUCAAAUCCUCUGAAGCAGGAGCCGGCACUCUGUUCCUCUGUAUAGAGAGGUGUGCCAGGAAAGGGGGGGUGUUGGGGUGUGAGGCGUGGUGGAGUCACCCCAUUCAGGAGAGGUGUCAGGGCUGGUCUGUGCCUCCCCUUCUGUCACACCUCGUCUCACCUUCUCCACUGGAUAAAGGGAAGGAAACAAAACCUGCACAGAGUUCCAGCCUGGAGACCUGGCCAGGCUUGCCGCUUCACUGAUCCAGCCCAGACCCCAGGCAGCCUGGGGGAGGGGCCUUUCACUUCUCCGGUCCUCAUCUGAAUCUCACUUCCUGAAGAGGCCUGUGAAAAAGCCCCACAGAAACCCGAGCGUCCCUUGAGAAACAGCUUCCCGCAACAGGCCUUCCUGUGAAAGCUUAAAAGAAACCGAAACUCCUCAGAGUCUCUGGGCAUGGAAGGACCAGGGGAAACUGAAAGUUCCCGGAAUUGUCUGUGGUGGAGAGCAAGCCCUGCCGCCAGCCAUUGAUGCCCCUCCGUGGGGCUGUGCCGCUCAGGCAGGGCCGGCACUCCAGCAGGGAGCCCAUGGUCUCAAGGGCCCGUGGGCUUCAAAGGGCUGAGCGGAACUUAGUCCCUAUGGGAGGACAAGGGGUACCUACCUAGCAGGGCGAGGGUGUCAAUCAAAGAACACUUCCUGAGAGGGUGGUGCCUGAGAUUUGGAGCUGCGUGGGCAGGUGCCAGCAAGGAGAAAAGGAAAGAAAGAGGGAAGCCCUGGCCGGGUAGCUCAGUUGGUUAGCACAUCCUCCCCAUAAACCAAGGCUGUGGGUUUGGUCCCACGGUAGGGCACACACAGGAAUCAACCAGUGAAGGCAUACGUAAGUGGAACACCAAAUUGUUUCCCCCCUUCUCUCUCAAACUAUCAGUAAAAUUUAAAAAAAGGAAAUGUGGGAAAAACAUUGGACAGAAAGGAAAGCCCUUCUGAGGACACAGAAGGAACUGGGCACUGUGGUACGGAGCAGGGGAACCCGGACUAUGAGGAGGGUGAAGGAGUGACCGUGUGCCAGGAGUGCCCCUGUGGUGGGCGAGACGCUGCCCCUGCCUACCCGGCACUCCACGGGUCCAGCAGAAGUGGGGCCUGCUCGAGUGUGCUUGGUAGGGUGAUAAUACGGGUGUACGAAUUUAGUUUUCAUUUGGGCAUUUCACCUAAAAUGUCAUUUGUUGUGCUUGAGUAUGAUACUGUUAUGUUACAGAAUUAUAUGCUCAUGAUUUCGUAAUAAAAAGGGCAUUAUUUGUGCCAGACCCUGUAGUUAUGCUGUUUAUAUAUUAAUAUCUAAUAUGUCUCAUGUUAAAUUUUGAAUAGCUUGUAUAAUCACCUGGUUUAUCCUGUGUGUUUUUUGUUUUACACAAAUUGCAACAUAGCAAACACAUGUUUUGUUCACUUAACAUUAAACCUUGAGGGUUUUUUUUUUUAUAUUAGCACAC